AAGUGUCUGCAAAAAGUUGUACAUGAGUUUUUACAUCCAUAUUUAAGGUCACCUUUUCGUUCUUUUCUUUGAUGUUUAGCUCCCAACAGUUGGUCCAAGAUUCACAUUGACAGCAGGAUUGUUCCUUUGUGCUGGAUCACAGAUAUUAUUUGGAUUUGUAUCAAUGCUACCUAAAGGUACUGUUUUUGUGGUUUUCUGUUUCCUCCUUCGAGUUGUGAUGGCAAUAGGAGGAGCAGCAGCAGACACUGCAUCAUUUGCUAUUGUAGCAGGAGAAUUUGGCUCCAAUAUUGGCACAGUGAUGGGGGCGAUGGAGACAUUCACUGGCCUGGGGUUUAUGCUGGGUCCUCCUUUGGGUGGAGUUUUAUAUUCUGCUGGAGGAUUUAAACUUCCAUUUAUAGUGCUUGGUAGCCUUUUAUUGUCAAUUCUCCCAGUGGUUAUACUCAUUUUGCCCAGAGACCAAGAUCUUCCACGGAAAGUAGACACUAGCUCACUGCUUCGAAUGACAAAGAUUCCAGGAAUUGCCAUGAUAGGUUUAUCCAUCCUUGUAUCGGGAUUAGUUCUGGGCUUCCUUGAUCCAACAUUUGCGCCUUAUAUGAAAAAGUUCGGACUUGGUCCCAGUAAAGUUGGUUUACUGUUCCUCCUCUGUGCCGGAUGUUACGCCAUUUCAGCGCCAGUUAUAGGCUGGAUAUCUGACAAAACGGGGAAAACACGUGUCGUCAUAAUCAUUGGUGCAGCUUUCGUUAUCAUUGGGAUUUUGAUGCUGGCCCCAGCUCCAUUCCUCACAUUUCUUCCUCAAAGGAAGGUGUGGUUGGUCUGUUUAUCCAUGGGACUGUUAGGCGCCGCUGUCAGUGCGUAUCAAGUACCUUGUAUGCCAGAUAUGUUGGAAACAGCCAGAGAACAUGGAAUGCCCGAUGAUAUCACUACUCAUGGAGUGCUCUCCGGGAUUUUCAAUGCAACAGCAAGCAUAGGUGCUUUUUUAGGACCCACAAUUAGUGGACUGACAGAAAACUACUUGACCUUCCAGUGGUCAACUGUGGUCCUAGCUGGGAUUCUUGGAUUUCAGGUUGUUGUCUUGACUCUCUUCACAGUUUUUGAUCAAGGAAGAAAAAGAAUUCGGAGUUAUAGUGAAAGAAGAAAAGAUCCUUUUGAGAAAGAUGGUCAAGUACAGGUAUAAUAAUUGUUGUGUUUCAUGGAGUCAGAAAGAGACAGUCUGUUUUUAGGACGAAAAAUCUGUGGCUCAGUCAUUUGUUGUUUGACUUGGUUAUGAUAACCAUUUGAUGCUGUUCGCUCUGGAGGAUCUGGGGCCAGUUUGUAAUCUUGCAAGCUCCGUUUUAAACAAUGCUGGUUUAAGGAUAAAGUUGUAUUGUAGACAGUAAACGAACUCGGUUGUAAAUUUCUCUUCUCGAAUCACACAAUGUAUUUUCAAUUCAUAUUGUAUCAAGAAAAAACGAUCAUUUUUUCUGCGAGAAGUUGUGCGCAAAUGUAAUUGCGUGUCGAUAAGUCAUAUGAAAACGUUUCCGAGUUCCGAGUUCCAAAAACCUUCAAAACGAGACUAAAUGUCAAACCUUCCAAGA